UCUUUCUCUAUUUAUCCUCUAUGCAUAUAUAUAUACAUGAUACUUCGUGCUUUCAUAGCAAGUAAGCAACCUCCAGUCUUAAGAAUUAUAUUAAAUUCAUCUCUCUCUCUAUAUAUAUUUCUCCGACUCUAAUUGAUCAUUUUCGCCCCAAAGAUCAAAGGUUGUCAUGGCCGUUCGCUUAGUGACCAUUUGGCUUUUCAUAGUCUUGGCUGUCAUUGUCGGGGCCUCUCCGUCGCCAGUUGCUUCAAGAAAGCUGUUGGAGAUGAAGAAACAGCAGAGCUUGACGGUGAGAGAGGAUGACAAGAACCACGUGACCAAAACCACUACCCUAACUGCUCUACCAAAGGGAAAAAUCUUAAACUCGACGCCAAGCAAAAAGACUCACGCCGCCGUAAAGCACCGAUCUCGACACCUCUCCACCGUUGACCGGUUUCUCCAGUCCGUUCCCAGUCCCGGCGUUGGCCAUUGAUAGUCUUAAUUUGUUAAGACUCCUACUUCAUUUUUUGUCAAUUUAGUGCAUUCUUUAUAUCAUAUACGCUGACCGAGUAAUAUAAGGUUAUGCCACACAUGUUUUAAAUAAUAAGUUAAUAUAUCAAAAGAGCUGUCCU